CUCAUAAUGGAGGAGGACCGCCUCUGGAAGUUCAGCAAGCCCGAGUGGCUGAACAGCGCCUGGGCUCGCAACACAGGCGUCUAUAGCGCUGGCGCUCUCUUCGCCGUAGCUUUCUACGUGAUGCUGGACUCGGCAGUCUGGUCGGGAUCGACGAUGAACGCCUCCGAUGUCCACGUCAAAUUCGUCGACUGGCUCCCCCUCAUCUUCUCCAGCUUGGGAAUGCUCAUCAUCAACUCGGUCGAGAAGCAGCGCCUGAGCGCGGAUUCGUUCAGCUACAGCGGCUCCGGCGUCGCAUGGAAGGCCCGCGUCGUCCUCUUCCUCGGUUUCGCUGCGCUGGCUGGCGGGAUGGCCGGCGGUGUGACCGUCUUUGUGCUCAAGUUCGUUGUUCCGGGAGUACAGAUGCCGGCCCUUAGCAUGGGCAUUGAGAACGUCGUUAGCAAUGCGCUCGUCGGACUCAGCUCGGUUGUUCUCUGGGUGAGCCAGAACAUGGAGGACGAGUACUCCUACAACCUCUCUCUGUAG